GCUCGAAAGGUCCAUUUCACCAAUAUUUGCUUAUGGAAAUAAAGGGGAGGAACAGGGAGAGGGGCCGGGUGGAGGAGGGGUUUGCGGCCCCGUGAGCUCUAACCGCAGCCCCGCGCCCCAGUAACCUUGUCUGAUGUGAUCAUUAACCUUUCUGGAAAACGCAGCUGGUCGCUGGCCGAGCUUGGUUAGAAUGUGAGGAGCCCCUCACAGAUCCUGCACAAACCCGCGGACCGAUUGUUUGCUUGCUCUCCGGAGUUCUGGCUCUCCCAGACUGUGGCAAGGGAAAGAAAAUGAGAUUUCAACCACUGCUUUGUGUGUUUUUGGUUUUUAUGAUGAGUCUCCUCCUUUCCACGGGACAGCGACCAGCUAAUUUGGUCCUGAGAAGAAAACUGCAUCGGCACAGCUGCCUUCAAAGGCGAUGUAUACCUCUUCACUCACGAGUGCCCUUCCCCUGAGGUAUUUCUGGCAGAUGAUUCUUCUUAUAUUUAGAGCUCCCAGCUGAUUUUACCAAGUCUGCCACAAGACAGGAGUGAAGAAAUGAUACCCAACCAUCCAAAGAACUGCAACAGUAUGACUGCCUAGAAGCUACUGUAGGAAAAGGCAUUGGUUAAGAGGACCUGGGAUGGUUUUUUGGCUCCCAGGACUGUCUUCUUCCUGACACAAAUUGAGAACCGAUUCCAGUGUGAAGUACCCUCAUUUGCCUGAAGUUACAAUGGUCUCAUCUUCUUUGGGACUUUUUAUUGUUUUAAUGGACCAAAAAGAAAAAUGCUUGUCAAUGUCUUAGAACUCUCAGAUGGUUAAAAGUGCAAGAAUUCCAAUUUUUCCAUACUCGUAUAACUACCCAAAUGUAUUAACUUUAUUGAUGUUUAAGUGCUAAAAAUUGAAAUCAGUUGCAUUGCCUGGCUUUAAAGGAUAAAAAGAAAAUAACUGAUUAUUUAUUUUGAAAGACUAAGGGGAAAAAACUAUGAAUUGCUUUGGUUUUUAUAAAAGUAUGGCUUUUCUACUUUCUGAAUCAUAUCCAGUGGAAGUCAUAAAAAGAGCAGAAAUCACCAACUGUAAACUCAUCUUAUUUUAAAAUGGCAGUGUAUCUUUUCUCAUCUUGUAAUAAGCAAAAGCCAGCAUUCAGAGUUCUGUUUUAGGGCUGGGCAUGUGGCUUAGUAGUAGAGUGCUUGCCUGGCAUGCAUGAGGUCCUGUGUUUGAUUUCUCAGUACCACAUUAACAAAAGGCUGGAUGUGACAGUAUGGCUCAAGUGGUAGAGCAUUUGCUAACCUUGAGCAAAAGAAGCUCAGGGACAGUGCCCAGGCUCUAAGUUCAAGCCCCACAACUGACAAAAAAGAAACUAAAAGCAAAGUUCUGUUUUACACACUUGAUUAUUUUGUGUAGUUCCUUUAAAAGAUCUGUCUAAAGGUAGUCUCUAAAACACACUUAUGCCAGUGCAGUCCUAGCUGGGCAAAACCUGUAUGUAAUAGAUAUGUGGUCACCAUUCUAGUUAAAGAUUUGGUUUUGUUUCUGUGCUAUUCAAUUUGUGAUGGUAAGAUAUGCAAAUAAAAAGUCAGAAAGAAUUUAGGGCUACAAUUAUCAAAUAAGGAAACUGUCCUAUCUAUGUCUAAACUAUAUUAAUCUAAAUUAGGCUUUCUCAAGUGGCUAAAUAUAUUCUUACCUGGUAUUUAUUGAAAGACUGCUAGUUCAGUGGUAAUAAUUAUCAAUAACUCAGAUAAUAAAUUU